GACACAAUUGGAGCCUCCUGUAUGUGAAUAUUGUACACAGAAGGAAGCCUUUGCAUUCUAAAAUGAAGGCUAUUUCCUGGUGCCUCUUCUCUGCUCUGCUUCUUACUACAUUCACCAUGAUACACUGCAACAAGAAUCCAGCUGAACCUGCAAAGAUUGAGAACGGCCUGUUAGUCCACCUCAAGCCCUCGGCACACCGCAGCCUGCACAGACGAAGACACAGCGGACGCCAGAAGGAUGGGAACGCAAUGGCCAUUCAUGGAGGUUCCUCACAACCAGACUACUGGCCACUGGACGGAGAACCAGAGGUGGAGGGCUUGACCCCUGUCAGGCUCGAGAUGGGCCCCACAGAGUGGGCUGACACAGGGGGAAGUGAGGGCUCGGAGGAGAGACCUCAUGCAUACAACACUGGGCACAAAACGCAUGCACCCAUGCGUGCUAAAGACUUUAUGUGGGAAAGGAGCAGUGCUGGAAAGCACACUCACAGCGGUCAUUCUGCUGGAAGUCAGAAGCAGAUUGAAGGACUGCAGAACCUGGCCUCCAAACUACACAUGAUGCUGUCAGAUAGGACCGCUUCUAAACACACAACACCUCUGGACACUGGAGCAACCCACGCCAACACAGACAAAGGAAAUGCUUGGGAAUGGAGAAGUGGAAAUAUGACAGAUACGCAUGGGAAGAACACUGUGACAUGUGACCACCACGUUGACUGCCCUCUAGGCUCCUGUUGUGAUCUGAGAAAGCAUUUCUGUGAGGUCCACAACCGCAGCCUCAACAACAAGUGCUAUGCGGACUGCAUGUGUGAGGAAGGAUUUCGCUGCUAUACCAAAUUUCAUCAAAGUCAACGCGUCAAACAGAAGCGAGGCCGCUGUGUAGAUCCCGACAUGGUGAACAUGAAUCAGGGAGCAUUCAUAACCACCUGAACAAAACAGAAAAAUGACUUGUCACCUGUGUGUGUGUGUGUGUGUGUGUGUCUCUUUGUCCCUUUCCCCCAUUCUCUUUUCCACACAAAUCUAGUCUUGGUCUCUUAGCCCUACACAGGGCUCAAGCUGAGAGUCAACAUAUUUCCACAAUUAAGUUCAAGGUGAUUUAAAACUUAGUCGUCCUGUUUUAAC